AUGAAUAUUGGUGUCUCUUGUAAAUUGGCGAGAACAGCUUGCGUUGAUAGUCUUCACUUAGAUCAACGAGAUCAAUUAUUGAGGAAAGACCAGUGCUACAAUAGAUAUGACUCAACAGAAUUUUUAUGUUUUCAAAAUCUCUGUGUUAACGUAUUACCUCAUUCUUUUAAAUUCAUGCAGUUCGAUAUUGGCUCCUUCCACGAAUCAUUGAUGGAUGUAUUUAGCUUCACUCAACAAUGUCUGUUUCACUUGAUUAAUAUUUAUAUGUGGUUCCGUUGUAUAGAAACUGGUGGUACAGAAGUAGAUGAUACAGUUGAAGAAGCUGAUAUUGAAGUAAACGUAACCUGUGAAUGGGUUGGUGUAGAGUUAGCCAGCGAUUAUGAAAUUGUUUUUGAUUCUAAUGAAGGAGUCGAUUUGAGAGAUUUGGCUGGCAGUUUGAUUGUUAAUUUCGGUGGUAUAGGUGUGGUUCCAACAGGCAUUGCUACGGAUGCCUUGGAUUGUUUUGGAAAUGUUUGUCAGAUUUUCCAAGCAAUUCCUGUAGUUUUGAAGAGCUGCAUCAACAUUAAGCGCAUUAAAAGUCUCUUCGGAUAUGAAACGAUGGUUUCCUAUCUUAUGUGGAACAAGUUUAUUUAUAUUGAACAAAAAGGCUCAUGUUUUAGUUAA